CUCUUGCAUCUCUCUUAGACCUCCUAGACAUAGACAAAAAUGGCGUCCAUCGUCACCCUCCCGCUCACCCUCUCGGCCGCCCCCGCCGGCUACAAGAAGGCCGCCGCCACCGGCAAGCCCUCGGCCCCCAUCGCCCGCCAGGUGUACCCCGCCGGCCCCUCGUACAUCUCGUACGCCCGCCGCGAGCUCCUCCAGAUCUCGUUCGCCGAGGACGACGAGGCCACCUCGUCGGCCCGCGCCGCCCAGGCCGCCGCUGCCGCUGCUUCGGCCAACGGCCAGGAGUACCCCGGCCUCGGUGAGGAGGAGGAGCACAAGGACCUCCUCGCCUCCGACCCCAAGGAGUGGAAGAAGCAGGACCACUACGGCAUCCUCGGCCUCGGCCACCUCCGUUACAAGGCCACCGACGACCACAUCCGUGUUGCCCACCGCCGCAAGGUCCUCCGUCACCACCCGGACAAGAAGGCCGACCACGACGACGGCUUCUUCAAGUGCAUCCAAAAGGCCCACGAGACCCUUACCGACAACGACCGCCGUCGCCAGUUCGACUCGGUCGACUGGAACAUUGAGGACGAGGUCCCCAACCCCGCCAAGGUCCCCGCCGACCAGUACACCCAGGUCUGGGGUCCCAUCUUUGCCCGCGAGGGUCGUUUCUCCAACAUCCAGCCCGUUGCCGAGUUUGGCGGUCCCGACGCUCCCAAGAAGGAGGUCGAGGGCUUCUACGACUUCUGGUACAACUUUGACUCGUGGCGUUCGUUCGAGUGGCACGACAAGGAGGCCAACGAGGGUGCCGACUCGCGUGACGAGAAGCGCCACACUGAGAAGAAGAACAAGUCGGAGCGCCAGCGCCUGAAGAAGGAGGACAACACGCGUCUCCGUACCCUUGUCGACAACGUCCUCGCCAACGACCCCCGUAUCAAGCGCAUCAAGGACGAGGAGAAGGCCGCCCGUCUCGCCAAGAAGAAGGGCGGUGCCACCCCCGCCCCCAAGAAGCUCACCCCCGCCGAGAUCAAGAAGGCCGCCGAGCAGAAGCGCAAGGAGGAGGAGGAGGCCAAGAAGGCCGAGGCUGCCGCCAACCAGGCCUCCAAGGCCGACCGCGAGGCUGCCAAGAAGGCCAAGGAGGCCGCCCGCAAGAACCUCAAGAAGUGGAAGAAGUCGAUCGCCACCGUCAUCUCGGGCUCCAACUACUUCCAGGCUGCCGGCACCGCCCCCUCGGCCGCUGUUAUUGAGAAGCAGCUCGCCGAGCUCGACGCCAUUGUCGACCUCGCCGAGCCCGAGGACAUCAAGACCCUCAAGGAGAAGAUUGAGGCUGCCGGCAACGGCGAGCCCGCCAAGAAGGUCCUCCAGGCCCAGGUCGCUGCCCUCGGCGACAAGGGUGCCGGCAAGUUCACCGAGUUUGCCUAAACGCAUCAUUUCUUCAUCCCCCGUAAUCUUGUAGGAUUGUGGCGAUAGAUGUAUGCCAGCAUGGGCACGUCUUGGGUUGUACA